UAAAUAAAUUAGAGGGUCAUGGUGGAUCAGUCAAUUAAGUAUGCUUUUCUCCGAAUGGUUAAUCAUUAGUGUCUUGUAGUAAUGAUAAUUCGAUUAUAUUGUGGGAUGUUAAAACUGGGAAAUAAAAACUCAAAAUCAAAGCCUAGUGGAAUGUACAAUCAGUUUGUUUUUCUCAUAAUAAUACUACAAUAGCUUUUCAGCAGCGGUAAAUUUGUGUAUUUAUGGAAUCUUAAAACAAGAAAAUAAAUAAAAAAAUUAGUUGGGCAUUUAAAAACAGUUGAAUCAAUAUCUUUCACUCCAAAUGAUACUAUAUUAGCAUCUGGUAGUUCAGAUAAGUCGACUCGUAUUUGGGAUGUUAAGGCAGGUAAAUAAAAAGCCAAAUUAGAUGGUCAUUCUUAUACAGUUUAUUCAGUCAAUUUCUCUCCUGAUGGUACUACAUUAGCAUCUGGUAGCAGAGAUAACUCUAUCCGUUUAUGGGAUGUUAAGACAGGAUAAUAAAAAGCCAAAUUAGAUGGUCAUUCAUCAACAGAUUAUUCAGUCAAUUUCUCUCCUGAUGGUACUACAUUAGCAUCUGGUAGUUUGGAUAACUCUAUCCGUUUAUGGGAUGUUAAGACAGGAUAAUAAAAGCCAAAUUAGAUGGUCAUUCAGAUUAAGUUAUGUCAGUCAAUUUUAAUCCUGAUGGUACUAGAUUAGCAUCUGGUGGUGAUGAUAACUCUAUCCGUUUAUGGGAUGUUAAGACAGGAUAACAAAAAGCCAAAUUACAUGGUCAUUCAAAUGGAAUUCUAUCAAUCAGAUGGCACUACAUUAGCAUCUGGUAGUUCAGAUUACUCUAUCCGUUUAUGGGAUGUAAAAACAUCAAAGGAGAUACUCCAAUCAGAUAGUAGCUACAAUGAUCUGCUUGCCCAAUUUAAAUUACCACAUCAGAAUAGCCACUUAUUGCCAAAUGUUACUCCUUAUUGCACAAUACUUAGAAUUUGUUAGAAUCCUUUAUUUUAAGCAUCAGGAACACUUAUCUUAUAAGGACAAUUCAUAAAUCAUUAAGGGAUUGAUUUAAAACCUUUGUGUAAACCUAAAGGAAGUAUGAAAAUGUUAUAAAUCUUAAAAAUAUUAUUAUGGUAGGCUGAAUCUCAAGAGUUGAUGGUUGCAUCAGUUUAAAAAACCACAAAUUAACUCAUAGGAUUCAAAUGCAAAUAAGAUGGGCUGAUUUCAAAAAUUAAAGAAAAAAUGUGUUUUGAUUAGCUUGAAUCAAGAAUAAAUAUAAGGUUUAAAGUGAUUAAAAUUAAUCUAUUAAAAGGAAAUUAACAAUUUUCAUCCUAUUGA